AUGAGUCGGUUGCUUCUCCCAGUGCUGCUGGGCAGCUAUGCCGCUGCCCAGUCUGCGACUGGUACUGUCACUGCGAGUUCGGCGCUCACGGUGACGACCUCGCUCGAACUGUCUGUCGAUGAUCUCUGGGACAUCGUCAUCGGCCCUGUCUCGGUUGCCAAUAUCACCUCGACUGUGGCGGCUACUCCGGUGCCUUCCAGCUCCCUGGUCCCACCGCCUAAUCUGGCAUCCUAUGGUUUUCCUACUGGGAGACAGAUACCUGAGGUAGUGGCCAACAGCUCGUGGAGUUUCCCCAAGGACUUUAUGUUGGGCGUCGCCGGCGCUGCGUUCCAGGUUGAGGGCGCGGCGAAGGACGAGGGGAGAGGCCCCAGUGUGUGGGACAAGCUCGUCCGCCCUGGCUAUACCGUUGCGAAUCAGACUGGCGACAUAACAGAUAAUCACUACUAUCUCUACAAGCAAGAUAUUGCUCGCAUCGCCGCCAUGGGGAUCAAUACCUACUCCUUCUCGAUCUCGUGGUCUCGCAUCUAUCCUUUCGGCAGCGGGCCGGUCAACCAGGCUGGUAUAGACCACUAUAACGAUGUGAUCAACACUUGUCUGCAGUACAAUGUCACGCCCAUCGCGACUCUUUACCACUGGGACACUCCUCUGUUCCUGCAGGAAAAGUACGGAGGAUGGCUGUCGGAAGACAUUGUCGCAGACUUUGUCGCCUACGCCAACACGUCCUUUCAAGCGUUUGGUGAUCGGGUCAAGACGUGGUUCACAGUCAACGAGCCGAUCGUCUUCUGCGAGCAGUACCCGCUCCCCGACCAGUACUUCAAGAACCUCACCGUCCCGUACAAGCAGCAGCAGUACUACUGCGGGCGCAAUGUGGUGCUCGCGCACGCGCAGGCCUACCGCCUCGGCAAAUCCCUCCUGGGAAACGACACGCUCAUCUCGUACAAGAACAACGGCGGCUACAAGAUCCCGCUGACCAGCAGCAGCGCAGACGCACUGGCCGUGCAGCGCGCAUAUGACUUCAACGAGGGCUGGUUUGCCGACCCCAUCUUCCUGACGGGCACAUGGCCCGACUCGCUGAAUGAGUACCUGUCCACCUUUCUGGACCCCUUCACGGACGAACAGCAGGAGAUAAUCAAGGGCUCGGCCGACUUCUUCGCCCAUGACGCCUACACCUCGCAGUUCUACUAUGCACCCGACGCGGGCAUCGAUGCGUGCCUCAACGACACGUCCAACUCGCUGUACCCGGGCUGCUUCAACACAAGCUACACGUACUCGGCUGCCGACGGCGGCUGGCUCAUUGGGGCUGCGGCUGACCCCCUCGCGUCGUGGCUGCAUAAGGCCAACGACUGGGUUCCUGCGCUGCUGCACUACAUCAACGACACGUGGGCGCCACCCUUGGGCCGGAUCGUGGUCAGUGAGUUCGGGUUUGCUGAGCCGUUUGAGGUCUACAAGACGAUCCCAGCAGAUAUCUUGACGGAUCAGAUCCGGUCAGACUACUACAAGGGAUAUCUUGAGGGGAUCCUGAUUGCCCUGAGCGAAGGAUUAAACGUCAUGGGUUGCUUUGCGUGGUCCUUUGUUGACAACCUGGAGUGGGCAGACGGCUUCAUGGUUAAGUUUGGUUUGCAGAGGGUGGACUUCGACAGCCCUGGGCUGGAGAGGAGCUAUAAGGCCAGUUUCUUCCAGUAUGUGGAUGUCUACAAGAAAUAUGUAGAGCAGUGA